AGUGUGGUUUCUUUUUUUGCUUUUUUUUUCUUCCUGCGGAGAAUUAAAGGGAUUUGUGCUUUAUUUUCCUGAGGUAUUCAGGGUUGAGAGUCCUGGGAGGAAUUAAACUUUGAAGCGGCGCAUCGCAGCUCUCCUGCUUCAGUAUGAAACGUUUGUGAAAGGAUUUGAAGAUCGACGACACUCUCAUAAAGGAGAUGGAGGAACCAGAAGGUACUGAUAAUUGUUACUGUGCGGGAUGUGGAGGAGAAAUUCAAGACUCGUUUCACAUGAAAGUCCUCCAGGACACCUGGCACAACGCCUGCUUUCAGUGUUCUGUGUGCUGUGACCACCUGACUAACUGGUACUACGAGCAGGAGGGCAAGCUGUACUGUCGCAAACACUACUGGGAGAAGUUUGGAGAGCUCUGUCAUGGCUGCUCUCUGCUCAUGACUGGACCUGCCAUGGUGGCCGGAGAACACAAGUAUCACCCAGAGUGCUUUGUGUGUCUGAGCUGCAAGGUGGUGAUUGAGGACAGGGAUACCUACGCCUUGGUUGAGAGAUCCAAACUUUACUGUGGAAAGUGCUACAAGCAGGUGGUUCUUACACCCAUGUUGGAAAAACGCUCACACGACUCGGUGGUCGACUCCCUGCCCCACACGGUGACCCUCAUCUCAAUGCCCUCUGCAGCCAACGGCAAGAGGGGCUUCUCGGUCACAGUGUUGAGGGACGUCAACGGCUUGGCGAGUGUUCAAGUGAAAGAAGUCAGAGGGAUGCUUAUUAGUCCAGAGGUCCGGAAUGCCAUCCAUGUUGGGGACAGGAUCCUGGAGAUUAAUGGCCUUCCUGUUGGGACUCUGAUGCAAGAGGAGGUGGAUGAUCUCAUUCACUGCACCAGCCACACGCUGCAGCUCCUUAUAGAGUAUGACCCAGUCAGGCAGCGUUUGGACCGGCUCAGGCUGGGAUCACCGAGGGCCGAGCUGGGAGUCCCGGCCACCUCCCGCAUGCGUCUGUCCUCGCCUUCUGGCGCCGUCCUGGAGAGAACCGACGUGGUUGACGACGGCACACUGAAGAGGAGGUCUUUGAGGCGCAGUAACAGCAUAUGUAAGUCCCCCGGGCCGAAUUCUCCUAAAGAGACUCCUUUUAUCACACGAGACAUCGGGCGCUCUGAAUCCUUAAGAUCCUCCAGCAGCUGCUCUCAUCGCAUCUUCCGUCCAUGUGACCUCAUCCACGGAGAGGUCAUAGGGAAAGGUUUCUUCGGACAGGCAAUCAAGGUGACUCAUAAAGCCACAGGGGAGGUGAUGGUGAUGAAGGAGCUGAUCCGUUGCGACGAGGAGAACCAGAAGACUUUCCUGAAGGAGGUCAAAGUAAUGCGAUGCCUCGAACAUCCUCAUGUAUUGAAGUUCAUCGGUGUGCUAUACAAGGACAAGAGGCUUAAUUUGAUAACGGAGUUUAUUGAGGGAGGCACCCUGAAGGAUUUCAUCAGAGACACGGAUCCGUUUCCAUGGGAGCAAAGAGUGAGCUUUGCAAAGAGCAUCGCUUCUGGCAUGACCUACCUUCACUCAAUGAGAAUCAUACACAGAGACCUCAAUUCUCACAACUGCCUGGUUAAACUGGAUAACACUGUGGUCGUUGCUGACUUUGGACUGUCCCGGCUCAUAGUAGAGGACAAAGUUAAGCAACCUGAAAAACCGACCACGAAGAAGAGGGUGUUCAGACGCAGCGACCGAAAGAAGCGGUACACUGUCGUGGGAAACCCUUACUGGAUGGCUCCAGAGAUGCUAAAUGGUAAACACUAUGACGAGAAGGUUGACAUUUUCUCCUUUGGAAUCGUUCUCUGUGAGAUCAUUGGAAAAGUCUACGCAGACCCUGAGUGCCUCCCCAGGACGAUGGACUUUGGCUUGAAUGUCGGCAAGUUUGUGGAGAAGUUCCUCCCUGACGACUGUCCACCAGCUUUCUUUCCACUGGCUGUGGCCUGCUGCGACCUCACACCAGACAACCGCCCACCUUUCCAUAGGCUGGAGGACUGGUUUGAGGCUCUGUCCCUCAACCAGGAGCUGGGGAUCCCCCUGCCAACCGAACUGGAUGAACUGCACCAGAGGUUGAGUCAGCUGCACUGGCCUAAAGACGGCUCCCCGUCCCAGAGCACAGAUCAGCCAUCAGCCCAGACAGCAGCCUCUCCAGACUCUUCCAGCGUGACCGACAGCGGCACCUAGGACCUACGCCAUCCCUCUUUGACCCCUCUGAACUACUGCACUAAUACUGAGGAUGAGAAACGGAGGGAAAUUGCAUUAAAGCCGAGCCAUAUUAAAACUGGAUAACCUGAGGAAGCUGGACCAACCUCCCUGUGUGGGACCUUAACUCUGAGAGUGCCACAGAACUGCAAUCUGUGUGGAAAGACGCAUUUCAAAAAGACCAAUGUUCGUUCCUUUUUCCUCUAUUAAGCACCCACUCCACACACACACACACACACACACACAGGGGUUAACUAAUGUUUACUGUGUAUAAAGACACUAUGCAACCAUCUUUGGUUCUUAUAAAGUAGAAGUCCUGCUUGAGUCCGAUGUGGCAGCCUUUUAGUUUUUCAGGCUCUGAAGUUUGCUAUUUGUGGUAUGCACAGAUCACUUCUUCUCCACCAGAGGACUCACUUCACUUCACUGCAGCAGUAAACAAGAAAACACAGUCUGACUGACUAACAGGUCGAAUAAACAGGACAGGGCUUGAAGACAACAGGUGUGACUUAAAGCAAAACACACAGCGAAUAGUUUCAUCACUCUUUAAUUUUUGACGAGCUGGUUACAGGUAUGCUUCUGUACUUUGUAGUCUAAUGAUUUUAAUUAAUUUCUUAGAUUGAUGACUGAACACUAGAUUUUUGCCACAUUUUGUUCAAACACCUGAUGCCUAUUUUUUUUCAAACAAAAAGUAGAGCAGAAGCUCUUUUGGAAAAUGGGGCUGUGUAUAAUUGUCAGACAUAAUCAUGUAAGACUUGACCAUAAAAAGUUGCUUUGUACAAAAAUAACUGGAUUUUUUUUCUUAAGCAUUGUAAAUAAAUAUGUACAUAUUAUGCCUCUAAUUGGGUGUCAUUUGCUAACGGGAACUUUUUAGACAUUUCGUGAACGAUGGACGUUUUUGCCUUUUUGCUAUCAUCAUGCAAGGUACUGACGCUCAGUUGUAACCACUAUUAUUUAUAUCACUGUAGUGUUUUUCUAAAUAAACCCUCUUAAAGUUGA